AUGAGCUUCUCUGAGCUCCCCGACCCAUGGAUUUUGCGGAGAGAUGGAGAGCGGCAGAAGCAGCAAAACGUCACGAAGCGUACCAAAAAAACCGCCAGCGUUAACUACUACCAGAAGUCAGAAAAGCUUAUAUUUUAUAACGACGAGUAUGACGACGUCGAGCCCGCGAAGCCUCCAAGGCCUCCCCCAAAACCAAAGCGCAGGAAAGGAGAAUCUGAUGAUAACUUUGAUGAGCGAGCUAUAUACUACACCAAGAAGCUUCUACCCAUCUACCGCAACGCCUACCACUCGCUACAGGCGAGGAGCGACUCCCUCCGCGCCCAUAUUCAUCCAGAAAAUCGGUAUAACUACCACGGCACCCGGAAUCAAGAGUCGUUACCGGCAGUAUAUAGAGAUCGUCAUGGCAUCAAAACGCUGCAGCGCGUCAAGCCAUCUCUUGACAAAAUCACCACCAUAAAAGAUCUCAAAGCUGCUCUACAACAUGAGUGGAGCCAGGUACAACAGAGCAAUAUUCAAAAACGGAUAAAUAAGUUGCCAAAGAGGCUCGUACAGGUCAAGAACAAGCCACAAGCUCCAAUCAAAACAGAAAUAUGGUAG